AUGGCAGACAAGCCAAGUCGAUCCUUGGUCUUAUUCGGUGAUGGCUUUGCUCGUUUCGUUGAUUCAUCGCACUCCCAUCUUCACUCGCUCGCUUCUCUAUCUUCCUGCGGUCUCUUGAGUCUCCCCAAUUCUCCACCCACAGAAAGCGGGGAUGAGAGGGCAGUUAGAGAAUUUGCAGUGCUCCUGGAUUCAUGCCACACUUAUUCCAAUAUCAAGGGGCAAACCAGUGAUGGUGACAGUCAAGAGGAUCCACCAAAACAAACCUUGUCUAAUAGGUUUAUGGGAAUGAAAGCUGCUAUUUUGACCGACAAUUCAAGCUUGAAGUCUUUUAGUGCCAAAAUUGGAUUUAGUGUUCUUCAAUUGGAUGAGUUAGUGGGAGGUCGUUCUGCUGAGGUUGUGGCCCUUGAGCUGCUCAAGUUGCUUGGCCUUCUAGAAGGGAAGGUGCUAGACAGUGACCAUUUUGAUCUUGUUUUCUUUCACAUUGGAGCUGGUGAACAAAAAGUGGUUGGUGCUGAUGUGGGGUAUAUGAAUGCCUUGGUUGGAGGAAUAAUGAGUCAAGCACGGCUUGGUUCUGAGAUCGGUUCACGUUUGCACUUGUCCGUUGUCAUGAGCUAUGGCAAUGUCUUGGAAGGUGAUGAUUCUAAGUUUCCUGUGUCAAAGAGGGUAGAUGAGAAGAACUCUCAUCUUUCGGUGCUUUAUCCUCUACAAAGUUAUGCUAUGAAAGGAGGGAUUCCUCGAAAGGAUGUAAGGUCCUAUUCUCCCAUGUUAAUUGCUCAAUGGCAAUAUGCUGUGACUCGCAAGGAUAAUUCAGAGAGAUUUUCUUUUCAAGAUUUUAUGGAGCAUGGUGGAAAUCUUACAAUACCGGCAGAUAGGUUCUUGCAUGAGAUAGCCUUUAAGCUUUGGAAAGCUCCCAAGUAUGGAGCCUGA